AAUCCUGUGAAGGCGUUAACUCCAAAGAUCCAAUUUCACUAUAUAAAUUGUGACGAAAGCAAAAUGAAUUCACAUAGCUGAGAGAGAAAGGAAAGGUUAACUAAGAAGCAAUACUUCAAUGGCCACCCUUGUUGUUCAUAACCAAACUUCUUCUGCUCAAGAUGCUGAGGCUCUCCAACAGGCUUUCAAAGGAUGGGGGGCUGAUGACAAGGCCAUUAUAGCAAUACUGGGUCACAGAAAUGUUCAUCAGAGGCAAGAAAUCAGAAAAGCUUAUGAGGAGAUUUACCAAGAGGAUCUCAUCGUUUGCCUUGAGUCCGAGAUCUCUGGUGACUUUGAGAGAGCUAUGUACCGGUGGAUGUUGCAGCCUGCGGAUCGUGAUGCUGUUUUGGUGAAUGUGGCAAUCAAGAAUGGCACCAAAGACUACCAUGUGAUUGCUGAGAUUGCUUGUGUCCUAUCAGCUGAAGAGCUCUUGGCAGUGAGGCGGGCCUACCACCGCCGCUACAAGUGUUCCUUGGAGGAAGAUGUGGCAGCUAACACCACCGGCAAUCUUCGCCAGCUUUUGGUUGGAUUGGUGACCUCAUAUAGGUAUGAGGGUGAUGAGAUCAAUGUAAAAUUUGCACAAACUGAAGCUAAUGUUCUUCAUGAAUCUGUCAAGGAGAAGAAAGGCAACAGUGAAGAAGUCAUCAGGAUCCUUACUACAAGAAGCAAAACUCAACUUGUGGCAACUUUCAACCGCUACAGAGAUGAACAUGGAAUUUCCAUCAGUAAGAAAUUGUUGGAUCAAACAUCUGAUGACUUCCACAAGGUGUUGCACACUGCUAUUCGCUGCAUCAAUGACCAUAAGAAGUACUAUGAGAAGGUUUUGCGCAAUGCAGUCAAGAAGUUUGGAACUGACGAGGAUGGACUAAGCCGUGUGAUUGUUACAAGGGCUGAGAAGGAUCUGAAGGACAUCAAAGAGCUCUACUACAAGAGAAACAGUGUUCACCUUGAGGAUGAAGUGUCCAAGGAAACUUCUGGGGACUACAAGAAGUUCCUCCUCACUCUCUUGGGGAAAUAAGACUAAGUUAAGAACUUGCUCUAAGGGCAUCUUAGUAAUGGGUUUUUGUUAAUUAUGUCAUUGGUUUCUGGUUUGUGCGAUUUCAUUAUGUUAGUUUUCCAGUAAGAGUUUGUUAUAUCUGGUUAAGUUUUUGAGACAACUUGAACUCGUGUCUUGUUUGAGGGCAUGCGUGCCAUUUCUUAGGGUUGUGUUGGUACUUGGCAUGCUCUUAUUAGAGGACCUCUAUGCUGCGUGUUUCCUUUGGAUUAUGCUAUUACCUCACCUGGUUUGCUUUUAAUGAAAGGUUGAUAACAAAUUUAUAUGUACUUGAAUUCUUCAUUUUAAAUUCUAAUCAGCAGAGGCA